AUGUGUUUUAAGCUCGACGAUUCUUUCGUGAUCUUUAUGGGAGACCAUGGUCUGCGACGUACCGACAUAACUCGUACGAAACUCGGCAGUCUAGAGAUCAAUAAUCCGAUGUUCUCGAUGUCAGUGCCAAAAUCGCUUCGAGAAAACACGGAUGUUCUCAGUAUUCUGCGGGAAAACGCAGCUCGUUUGCAGACGCCCUACGAUAUUCGUGCAACUCUGCUGGAUCUUCUCAAG